UUCUUAGCUUCUAAAGCUUCAUCACCUGUAGUCUUCUCUGCUGCCCUCACUUGUUUCUUCACUGUUGCUAUCUUCAAAGUCUCUGCUCACUGAUGGCUCCAUCCACCAGAAACUACCCAGUAAAUGGCCUCAAAAUAGCAAUCCUCACUGUGGCUUUCAUCUUUUUCUUCUUCUUCACAAUUCUACUUUCCAAAUCAGUGGAUUCCGAACAUUCGAUUCACAGUGAGAGCAGUACUGAUCAGCUGCAACAAAGAAAAAUGGUUCUGGGUUCAAGGCCUCCUCAGUGUGAGAACAAGUGUUUGAACUGCAGGCCUUGCUUUGCUACUUUGGUCAUUCCAUCUCAUCACAAGACAAAGGUUUACAGUUCAUCUCAUAAUGAUGGAGAUGAUCGCUAUUAUCUACUCUCAUGGAAAUGCAAAUGUGGACAGAAGCUAUUUCAACCAUGAUGAUCUACCGAUCU